AUGGCAUCGAUGAAGUUUGAUCUACCGCUGCUGGAUUACAAGACGAGAUUUGCACUGUGGCAAGCGCUGGACGGUUUCGGAGGAAAAGGGCAGAAGUCAUGGACCGCUGAAGAGAAGCGGAAGGAUCAUAAGGCUCUGUCUCUGAUUCAACUUUAUCUACAUAAUGAUAUUUUACAAGAAGUGCUGCAGGAGAAAACUGCCGCAGAACUUUGGCUCAAGCUGGAAUCAAUUUGUAUAUCCAAGGAUCUAACCAGUAAGAUGCACGUGAAGAUGAAGUUGUUCACGCACAACCUGCAAGAAGGUGGUUCGGUGAUGAACCACUUAUCGAUCUUUAAGGAGAUCGUUGCCGACCUAGUGUCGAUGGAGAGUGGAGAUGUCGUGCGUAUGGGAGAUAACAACCCACAUGAGAUUGUGGACAUUAGCUCCGUUCAGAUCAAGAUGCAUGAUAGUAUGAUACGCACACUGAAAGACGUGAGACACAUACCAGGGAUGGCCAGAAAUCUUAUCUCCCUCAGCACACUUGAUGCCGAGGGAUACAGAUACUCCGGUUCAGGUGGAGUGUGUAAGGUAUCAAAAGGCUCUCUCAUUCAUAUGAUAGGUGAUAUGAAUUCUGCAAAGUUAUAUGUUCUUAGAGAAAGUACUUUACAUGGUUCCGUCACUGCUUCUGUUGUUUCUAAUGAUGAACCAAGUAAAACUAAUCUCUGGCAUAUGCGUAUUGGGUAUAUGAGUGAACUUGGUAUGGCAGAAUUGAUCAAGAGAGACCUACUGGAUGGCUGUACUGUAGGUAAGAUGAAGUUCUAUGAGCACUGUGUUUUUGGUAAGCACAAGAGGGUAAAAUUCAAUGCAUCUGUUCAUACCACCAAAGAUGAUACUUUUGCUGCUUUUAAAGAGUGGAAAGUUAUGAUAGAAAGGCAAACUGAAAGGAAGCACUCACCUCCUAUUUUGCAGCCUCAAAAUCAGUCUAUUGCAGAUCAUAGAACAAAGAGGAGUUGUGGACCUCGUCCACGUUUAAUUGAGGAAUGUGAUAUUGAUCAUUAUGCCAUUAGUUGUGCUGAACAGGUUGAGAACAUUCAUGAGCUGGCUACGUACACUGAAGCUGUUGUUUCUGGUGACCGCGAGAAGUGGAUUUCCGCUAUGCAAAAAGAGAUGCAGUCACUUGAGAAAAAUGGUACAUGGGAUGUUGUGCGCUUGCCUAAACAUAAGAAGGCCGUACCUUUGUGGUACAACAAAUGCCUGUUUGAAGUUUGGCAGGACUGA